AUGGAGGCAAUGGUCUCUGAUAUCGUUACUAUGCUGCCAGACAUACAGGACCAGCCAAACAACAAGGUGCAGGAGUUUAAUAACUUUUUGGGGGGGCGUGUAGAUAGUGAUGACUACACGACUGCUCUUGGGAUGGCUGGUGGAGGAACAGCGGUUCAUUUUGAUACUAGCAAUCCCAGCAACAUGACGCCCCCUCGCGCGGCUUUUGCUAGUGAUGAUACUGUCGACGGCCUAAAUGAGACUCUCGCGCUGAGUGAGAAUAGAGUCGAACCUGCGGCAAAUGGCACGAAGCGCAUCCGGCUCGUCAUGACCAGAUUCAAGUGCCAUAAGAGGUCCUCCGAAUGGGGCAAGGACGAGAUAUACUGGACGCGUUCGGCCGUGUCUGAUACGGGAGACAAAUUCUCGGGAGAUCCAAUCACCCGCGAGUACGGGUCGAUUCGAAGCGGAGACAUCAGGCAAAUGGAUGCAGGGACUGUUUUGUUCGAUGGACAGGUAAAAGAUGCCCUUGCAAUCUUCAUUCAAUGCUGGGAAGCAGAUAACAGCUCAACCAAGUGGUAUGAGGAUUUACGCAAGGCGAUGGAUGCAAUUUCUAAAGGUUUCAAGGCGUGGCUGGAACAAUAUGGCCAAGUCAUUGCCGAGUUCCAGAAGCAACUUCCCAUUGUGGGUAAUGCCUACAAGAUCCUCGGAUACAUCUCGACUGCGACACAGAUCUUCGCAUGGUUACUGGACAAGUUCCGCAACCACGACGACCUCGUGGCGGAGCGUACGAUUGCCUUUUCUCAGCAAGCUUUAACCUGGUUUCUGGAGUUCCCCAACUGUGAAGCAUCAUUCAUGUUUGAUGGAGGGAAAGGCGGAAAACACGAACUCUGGAUCCGGCGAGAAUACGGGUUUGAUCCGAACGACACGUCCAUCGGAUCCUUGAAGACAAUGACUGGACAACCCGGCAAUUACAGUAUGCAGUCGUCGGUCCCAGGCCCCGGUCGGAGCUUCUGGGGUAUGAGCCUGGUAGACUAUAAGGGUGAGCUCUGGAGCUUCUUCAGCCGCUCACACAACAGCCUACUGUGUUAUAGCAUCUGGAACAGUGAAACUGGAUGGGGUCCCAUCAUUGAGAUUACUGGCAAUUACACCAACGCAAAGCCUGCAGUAGCAACAUUGGACGACACCGUCCAUGUAUUGUACAAAGGAGGCGAUGGGCGACUUCUCCAUGUGGAGUACCUCCCACAGAACAGGACAUGGACUGGUGCAGUACCAGUGGGCUCUGGAACUGCAACCGAAUAUAGCGGUGCCCUCGCCGGCUUUCACGAUAUGCUCGUUAGUGUUCAUCGAGGCAAUGAUCAGCGCCUGUACUGCACUGUCAAAUGGUCGGGACAGAACUGGCAAGAUUGGACUAAGAUGUACUCACCUGCUGGGGCGGACUACAAGUUGGCCCCCGCUCUAUGUUCUUAUGAUGGCAGCUUAUACGUUUGGGCCUGUAUCAAUAGAAACUACCAGCUGCACUGCUACCGGGUGAAUAUGGACACCAAUCCUUGGACGCUGGUCGAUGAGCGUCUUGAAGACACGGCAGCCCAUAACGCCAAAUCUGCUCCUGCAGUCAUGGUAUAUCCCGAAUAUUCGUCUGGCGACGUGAUGUGGGCUUUUUAUCGUUAUAUAAGCGUCAAUGCCACGAUGUUUUAUGAUCCCGUGAGACGCAGGGAAGGCUUAUUCACCCCUUCAAAUCCGGAAUCGGUGGGUGACCCGAGUGUUUGCAAUUAUGAUGGUAAGGUGUGGUAUGGCUACAGCGACCGGCUCUCGUAG